AAACGUACAGUGCCAGUGAUGUACGCAUGGGACAAAUUCACACGCAGUGAAGGCAAGGGAAGGAGAAGCAAAUAUUGUUUUAGAAAAUAACCCGACCCGUGUAAAAGUCUAAGGAGCUAUAACCUAAUAUAGCUGUUCAAGAAAUUGGGAUGAACUGAUGGUACUAACGCAAUGGCAACGCCAGCUGUUCGCAUGUUUCGGAGGUUAGAGGGUCUGUUUUGUGUUUACAAACCCCCGGGUAUUCACUGGAAACUCGUACGGGACAGCAUCGAGACAAAUCUUCUUAAAGGUUUGAACGCCACACCUUCUCGGCCACUUCCUCGGGAGGUCCGUUUCUUGCCACAGCCAGGCAGCGAUGCUGAGGGACCCGAGGGACCUAAGGAACUCAAACUGUGUGCAGCGUCUGUGCCUGUGCUGUCCAAGCACCCUCUGGUAAUUGGGCCUGAAUUCCAGCAUAUUCAAGUUGGGGUAGGACAUCGUCUGGAUGCGUUUUCUUCUGGUGUUCUGGUUCUUGCAGUUGGGAAUGGAAACAAGGUCCUGAAUGAUUUCUACAAAACACGAAUCACAAGGGAUUACACACUGGAGGGUGAAUUUGGGACUGCAAGCGAUGAUUUCUCUCACACAGGUCGAGUUGUGGAACGGUCCACCUAUGGUCACAUCACACAGGACAAACUGGACAGAGUACUGGCAGUGUUGCAGGGAGCCAAUCAGAAAGCCUUGUUAAUGUAUUCCAAUGUAGACAUGAACACACAGGAAGCCUUUGAACUGGCAGUGCGAGGUUUACUGGGUCCAGAGGGAAAGUCACCGCCUAUUUUGACAGGCCUGCGUUGCAUUCACUUUGAGCCUCCCAACUUCACUUUAGAGGUGCAGUGCCUAAAUGAAACGCAAAAAUAUUUGCGCAAAGUUGUGCAUGAGAUAGGACUUGAGCUGCGCAGCACAGCAGUGUGUAAAGGAGUUAGACGGACCAGAGAUGGACCAUUCACUCUGCAGGACGCCCUGACCCGUCACCACUGGACUGCUACUGAUGUCAUGCAGGCCAUCCAGCACUACCACUCCUCUAAGAAAAAUAAAACACUCUCCCAGUCGCACAGCAAGAAACCAGGAUUACAAACAAUGGAAGAGAAUAUGACAGUCAGUCAACAAAAUGAACCCAACAAGGAAGCAGCAGCAGGUAGACUUGACUAAAUGGUUAAGUGGCUGAUCACAAAAAACUGUUAAUGAAUCAUGUCUACUGUUUGUUUUAUGAAUAUUUCAUUUUCAUCAUUAUUAUAUAUUAUGUAUGUAAUGUUGGCUUAAUUUCCAAAUUCUUAAUAUAAAAGUGGUUUAUUUUUAUGUUGAAAUAAAUCUGAAAAUUUGA